CGACACUGAGCCGACGACACGGGACAUUGCGCGGUGGCAGCGGCGGCCACAGUGACAGCAGCGAGCUGGAGCACCAGGGCAGACACGGGAUGGCCGUCUCCGGGUCUCUGGCCAUCUCCAACAUGAGACCCAUCUUCUCUGGAUACCCGUUCCAAGGUCAGGGUCGGGUCAACCAGUUGGGCGGUGUGUUCAUCAACGGACGACCGCUGCCCAACCACAUCCGUCUGAAGAUCGUCGAGAUGGCGUCAGCAGGAGUGCGACCCUGCAUGAUCUCCCGGCAGCUGCGCGUCAGCCACGGAUGCGUCUCGAAAAUCCUGAACCGUUACCAGGAAACGGGCAGCAUCCGGCCUGGCGUGAUCGGUGGAUCCAAGCCGCGCGUCGCCACGCCCGAGAUCGAGAACAAGAUCGAGGAGUAUAAGAAGGAGAACCCGGGCGUCUUCAGCUGGGAGAUCCGAGACCGGCUCAUCAAGGACGGUCUGUGCGACCGCAACUCGGCGCCCUCCGUCAGCUCCAUAUCGCGGAUCCUGCGCGGAGGACCGGCAGGAGAUGAGCUCAGGAAGGACCACAGCAUCGACGGUAUCCUCGGAGAAUCGGCAGGUGACUGCAGUGACACGGAGAGUGAGCCGGGUCUGACUCUGAAGAGAAAACAGCGCCGAUCGCGAACCACCUUCACCUCAGAACAGGUCGAGACGCUGGAGAAGAGCUUUGAGAAGACCCAGUACCCGGACGUCUACACACGCGAGGAGCUGGCCCAGAAGACCAAACUCAGCGAGGCCAGGGUCCAGGUGUGGUUCAGUAACCGGCGGGCCCGCUGGAGGAAGCAGAUGGGUAACCAGCAGAGCGGCUCGUUCGGCUCCCUGGCCUUCCCCGUGUCCUACACGGGCGGACAGUACGGCGGACUGGCGGACACCGGCGGACAGCACGGACACGACCCGUCGGCCUGGAGCCGGUCGGCGGCCGCCGGGUACGGGCCGUCACUCCUGCAGCAGCAGUCGUGCUCCAGUGGCUUCCAGGCCUUCCCGGAGGCGGCUGCGGCCAUGCCCAGCCUUCAGACCCAGGCGGCGCUGCAGACCCAGAUGGCCAGCCUGCUGGGGUCUGCAGGAGGCACUGGAGCUGCUGUAGCAGCCACGGCCGGCUACGGCGUCCAACAGGGCACCGCGCAGGUGAGGAGAUCGGAAGAUCGGAGAGAUAGGCAGGUCAGGGCACAGUUUAAGAUCUUUAGGGCACGAGAGAAGCGAUCGGGUGAGUGCCUGGGCUCAAAUAACGGAUCGUGCAGAUCUUUUCGACGCUGCUAUGGGCUGCUGAAAGCAUGCUAA